CACUUUUUUGUUAUUAAGUUUCCAAAAAGCAAAAGUGAGGUUUUCGUUCCAAUGUUUUUUUAUUUGUUUUUUUAUUAGUCUUAUUAGUCUAUUUUCAUAUAAAUAAUCGAGGUUUUUCCUUUUUGGAUCACUUUCAGUUCAUUGAAUUAAAACCAGUUCAAAGCAUUGAAUGAUAGUUUCUACCAAUAUCAUAUUUUUUUAUCCCAUACUAUACCUUUUCAAUUGACAAACUCCAGAUCCAUAGUGAUAAUAAUACCACUGAUAAUAAUAAUACUAUUGAUUCCUAAUAGUAACAAUAAUAAUAAUAACAAUAACGAUAAUGAGUACUAUAUGCCCAAGUUGCAAAACUGAUAGAUCAAUAUGGUAUUCUUCACCACAAAAUAUCUCCAAUUAUUUUGCUAAACACCAACACAAAUUAUGUUUUAGUUGUGCUAACAAGAAGUUGGAAAGAAUGAUUUCAAUAAGAGAGACUCAAUUGAAAUUACAACAAAUAAAUAAUGGUUAUUAUUAUUAGUCAUAAAUAAAAACACAACUAUUUAUAAUAUUAAUAUUAAUAUUAACAUUUAAUAAUAAUGAUCCAAUUCCAUUUAAUUUCAUUUUAUUUAAUUUAAUCUGAUUUAGGCUAACUUACGUUAGUUUAACUUAAUUUCAUUUCAACCUCAGUUAAUUAAUCAACUAUUAAUCAUUAAUUAAUUGAUUU